AUCUUUUCAAUUGCUAUUAUAACAUCAAUUUUAAUUAUUAUCGCAAGAGUAGUAAUAAUAUUAGCAUCUAUUUUAUCAAAAAAAACUCUUACAGAUCGUGAAAAAUGUUCUCCAUUUGAAUGUGGAUUCGAUCCAAAAUCAUCCUCUCGAUUACCUUUUUCACUUCGAUUCUUUCUAAUCACUAUCAUUUUCUUAAUUUUUGAUGUAGAAAUUGCUCUUAUUUUACCCAUAAUUUUAAUUAUCUCCACUUCAAAUAUAAUCGUAUGAACAACAACAAGAGUUGUAUUUAUCAUUAUUCUAAUUAUCGGCCUAUAUCACGAAUGAAACCAAGGUAUACUAAAUUGAUCAAACUAG